UAUCCAUUACUACUGAACCGUCUCUACAAAGUAACGCCAUAUCAUCACAGAGAUAGGGAAGCCCUAAGAGAAUCUCAACAGAAAGUGGAACUACAUCUCGAGCACAUCAACCAGCAGACGAAGGGCACGAUCGGCGCCACCACCAGAAUCUGGCGGCGCAUCUCAAACCUGUCGACUUCGCACCGGCGGCUCAACAGCGCCGACGACAUCGGCAACAUUAAGCUCAGAAAGGCUGCGCUCGAGAUCCUGAAGUGGAACCAAGAGGAGACCCAAUUCGUGAUAAUCGGUAAAGUGUUGUUCGCGUCGAUCACCGACUAUACGGUGAACCGGAAGGCCAAGACCAUGAAGUUCCUAACGGCCAGCGCACUGCUCGUCACACUCGGCCGACCCAACCAUCACUAUCGGCCCGAUUUAGUCAACUCGAUGGACGCCGACAAGGAUAUGGUGUUCCCCAGAGAUAACACCGGUAUUAACGACAGCGUACUGUUGCUCAUUAAGGAGAAGUUGGGCCGGUAUGCGCUCUGCAAGGAGAUAAUGAACCUGAAGUCGUGUGUAGUGAGCAGUGAGAGCGAUGGGGACGACAUGUUUGAGAUUCACGAGCAGAUCACCAAAGAGUCGCUACUAUUCAAGGGCGAGACGUUGACUGAGACCAAGGACUGGUUGAAACAGUUGAGGUACCACUCGAAAGACCUGGGCAAUUGGCGCCGUAGGCGUAACGCCCUGGCCAACAUUAUGAUGGACUUCACGACCGUCAACAUCGGCAAACUGUUCCGGGACUCCUCGGCGAUGCUGCACUCGUUUGAGGUGUAUUGUGUCCGCCAGGGGUCGGCCGCCCUCCUACUGAACCACUUGGAAAAG